CGCGUCAUCUGCACCGUCUACGGACGAGACGACAGUCUCACGUCCAGAUCAGCAGACCACGCCGCCCUUGACUUCGGAUGAGAUUGCAGGCUCACGCGAUGCGAACGAGACUGCCGUCUCACGUUCCGGUCGCCGAGUACGUUUACCCGUACGCUUCCUCGACUAGUCGCACAGUCGACAACCGAUACGGUGUAGGAAUAUUCCUAUGCUACUUGCAUGCUACACUCUUCUCUUUUUUGAUUUUCUUUUUGUUUCCUGAGCCCACGCCCUCGACCAUCUCCGUUUGGUUCCGUCGACUUCAGUCAACUUUGGCGAAAGCUGGAUUGGCCACCCACGCUCUUGUCAACGCACUCAGUCGAUAUAUUGGUUUCGAAUGCUUGGCAUACGCUUGGUCUCGAACUCGGUCGUUAUGGUCGCUUCUGGUUCAUCGGCUCAACGUGGUUUCGUCCUACGUCUGCAGCGUUUCUGGUGCGCACUCCUACGAACGCCCUCUUCAGAUUCUGGAUACAAACCACUCUGGUGUAGCAUGCCAACUCAAGCAAUAAAUACAACACAUCGCUCCUGGUACCGUUCUCCGAAAACGACCUUCGUUGGCAACUCGACGAUCAACGAUCGCUUUCCUGUUCGCCAAUUCUUCCGUCCUACAAUCGCUCGUAAGCCGAUCAGUCCCACGAUUCAAACCGCUAUUUAUCGAAAGUGUAAACCCUUUCUAGCGGGGGCUCCUGUAGUGACUCACAUUUAUCACGAGAACACGACUGGUUUAAUAAAAACAAUUAUUAUUAUAACCAACUGUACCAGUGUUUGUUUUAAUGUGCUUUUGUUUGACUGUGCUAAUGACAGCUAUUUUGUGCUUCCAUUCUUAUACUGACACUUCGAUUGUAACUUCGCGCGAAUUCGGUUACCUUCUGUAACCAAGGUUGUAUCCUGGCACGAUCUCGGUAUCCUUUCGAUGCCACGAGAUCGCCAGCAAAUAUAACUCGACUUGGUCCAUUAAUUGCCUUCUGAUAAUUGACUUCUCGUAAAUUUUAUGGUUUUCUUUGGUUACGUUCAACCCUCGCCUUCUGAUUUAUUUGGCACGUGUUUCUUGGUAGCGGUGUUCAUAGUUAAUCCCAACUCGACGCCACGCUACAAUUGGUGACCCGUAUUUUGAAACACGCCUCUGCUUCUGGUCAAAUCUUCCAAAGAAGCCAAUUCGGUGAGUCUAUGAUUUAUCUAUCCACGUCUGUCGUAUAUUUUCAUAUUUAAUAUAUAAUAUACUCGACAUGACGGAUAACGAUAAGAAUAGUAUUAAUAUAAUAGACUCACAUGUAUGUGUACCGAAUCCUUGUUACUUUUUUAUUCGCGUGACGAUGAAUUCCACGCUUUAUUCGAGAAAUUUUCCCCUAUUAUUUAUUCUCCUCGCUGACCCGGCUGCUUGGUACGGAAUGCAUACGCAUACGCAUUAACGUCUACCUCCCAGUAUCAAAUGGUUAAGUUGAACGGUUUCAUUGCCAACUUAAAAGUGCUCUACGAGCACACGAGAACGACGACUGGUACGAAACCUUAUCGCUCGUCCUCUUAGGUAUUCGAACGAGCUUGAAGGCAGAUAUACAAUGUUCCUCCGCUGAAAUGGUAUACGGCACGAUAUUGCGUCUGCCCGGAGAAUUCUUCACAUCACGGAGCAGACCUAAUUUCGCUAAAUCAGACUACGUCCAUCGACUGUCUGCAUUUAUGCGAACGCUGCCUCCGGUGUCAACUCGAAUACAACAUCGACAGGUCGCUCUCCCUCGAGAGUUAUCCACCUGUUCACAUGUUUUCAUACGAGUAGAUUCGGUACGCAAACCUUUGCAACAACCUUACGAAGGCCCUUUUCGCGUGAUCGCUCGUCACGAAAAGACCUUCAAGGUUGAUCGACACGGCCGCGUCGAGAUCGUCAGCAUUGAUCGUCUCAAACCAGCACACGUCGAUGACAGUGCCCUAUCUGAUAACCUGAGAUUCAAUGCUAGACCAAGCAAACCUACUAGCGGGAUCCUCAAACCAUCUUCAGGUCCCACGCUAGAUACACCUGAGACCUCACUCUCACGUCCCAGUCAACAGCACGCGUCAUCUGCACCGUCUACGGACGAGACGACAGUCUCACGUCCAGAUCAGCAGACCACGCCGCCCUUGACUUCGGAUGAGAUUGCAGGCUCACGCGAUGCGAACGAGACUGCCGUCUCACGUUCCGGUCGCCGAGUACGUUUACCCGUACGCUUCCUCGACUAGUCGCACAGUCGACAACCGAUACGGUGUAGGAAUAUUCCUAUGCUACUUGCAUGCUACACUCUUCUCUUUUUUUUGAUUUUCUUUUUGUUUCCUGAGCCCACGCCCUCGACCAUCUCCGUUUGGUUCCGUCGACUUCAGUCAACUUUGGCGAAAGCUGGAUUGGCCACCCACGCUCUUGUCAACGCACUCAGUCGAUAUAUUGGUUUCGAAUGCUUGGCAUACGCUUGGUCUCGAACUCGGUCGUUAUGGUCGCUUCUGGUUCAUCGGCUCAACGUGGUUUCGUCCUACGUCUGCAGCGUUUCUGGUGCGCACUCCUACGAACGCCCUCUUCAGAUUCUGGAUACAAACCACUCUGGUGUAGCAUGCCAACUCAAGCAAUAAAUACAACACAUCGCUCCUGGUACCGUUCUCCGAAAACGACCUUCGUUGGCAACUCGACGAUCAACGAUCGCUUUCCUGUUCGCCAAUUCUUCCGUCCUACAAUCGCUCGUAAGCCGAUCAGUCCCACGAUUCAAACCGCUAUUUAUCGAAAGUGUAAACCCUUUCUAGCGGGGGCUCCUGUAGUGACUCACAUUUAUCACGAGAACACGACUGGCUUAAUAAAAACAAUUAUUAUUAUAACCAACUGUACCAGUGUUUGUUUUAAUGUGCUUUUGUUUGACUGUGCUAAUGACAGCUAUUUUGUGCUUCCAUUCUUAUACUGACACUUCGAUUGUAACUUCGCGCGAAUUCGGUUACCUUCUGUAACCAAGGUUGUAUCCUGGCACGAUCUCGGUAUCCUUUCGAUGCCACGAGAUCGCCAGCAAAUAUAACUCGACUUGGUCCA